AUGUCGCAUGAGGACGAGACGCAGGUGUUCAAAGGCACCACAAGUGAAGAUGUUCGCCUGGAGAACCUGGGUUACGAGCAGGAGCUCAAGCGUUCCUUUGGAUUGCUUAGUAUGAUUGGAUUUAGUUUCAGUGUUGUGACAUCCUGGACGGCUCUAAGUGGUGUGUUCAUUGUCGGAGUGACCUCCGGCGGUCCACCCGUGAUGAUCUUCAGUUUCCUCGGUGUCAGUAUUCUUACACUCGCCGUGGCCAUUCCGAUGGCGGAGAUGUGCAGUAUGCUACCCGUUUCCGGUGGCCAGUAUUCAUGGGUUGCUGCUCUAGCCCCUCCAAAGAUUGCUCGAGGUUUAUCUUACGUUACUGGCUGGUUUAUGCUUGUUGGUGUCUUGGCGAUGGGCGCGACGAACAACUCGAUUGCGUCAAACUUUGUUCUGGGAAUGGCGAACCUCAUAUUUCCUGAUUAUGUUAUUGAAAGAUGGCAGACUGUCCUCGUGGCUUACCUCAUUGCUUUCCUCUCGGCCGCCGUCAAUCUUUGGGGAUCUCAUCUGCUCCACCGAAUCUCGAAGUUCAUCUUGAUCUGGAACGUUGCCUCCUUUAUCAUCAUCACAAUCACACUUCUUGCAACCAAUGACCACAAACAAUCACCCUCCUUCGUGUUCUCGGAGUUUGAGAACUCAACCGGCUGGGGUACGGGAAUGGCCGCUAUUAUUGGUAUCUUACAGGCCUGCUUUGGAAUGUGCUGCUACGAUGCACCCUCACAUAUGACAGAGGAAAUGAAAUCUGCGUCCAAAGAAGCCCCCAAAGCGAUUGUGCUCGCAGUCAUCCUGGGCGCGGUCACCGGAUUCGUCUUCCUUGUUACCCUUUGCUUUUGCAUCGGCGAUAUCACAGCGACCGCCAACAGUAGCACUGGAGUGCCUGUCAUUCAGAUCCUCUAUGAUUCCACCGGCAGUAAAGCUGCAGCUUGCAUCCUAUCCAUUUUGAUCACUGUGAUUGUUAUAGUUGCCGGAAACAACAUCUUGGCUGAAGGAUCUCGUUCCGUGUAUGCUUUUGCCCGUGACAACGGACUUCCUUUCUCCAAGGUUUUCAGCAAAGUCGACAGCAAGACCCAGGUACCUGUGAAUGCAGUUUUGCUCACUCUUGUUGUACAGCUGGCGUUGGAUGCCAUCGAAUUUGGUACAACAACUGGCUUUGAGACAGUCAUUUCGAUCUCGACUGAGGGAUUCUAUCUAUCCUACGCCAUGGCACUCGGCAGUAGAUUACUUGGAUAUUUUUCGGGGCAUGUUGUCAAGCUGGAUGGCCCAUACGCCUUCUCGGUCCCAGUCUCAAUCGCACUCAACGCCAUCGGACUCAUAUUCCUGCUGUUCGCUUCCAUCACCUUUAAUUUCCCAAGUACCUAUCCAGUGAAUCACGAGUCGAUGAACUACACCAGCGCUGCUAUUGGGGUCGUUGCUCUUCUAAGUAUAAUUACUUGGGUGACCACUGGUCGGAAGAACUUUACAGGCCCGGGCGCUGUCAGCUUCCUGAGCGGCCACACUACUGCCCCAGAGGCACGGGAAGUAGAAGAGAAGAAGGAUUAA